AUGCACUCGAGUUCUGAUUCGGUCAACGGGAGUGGGAGUGGGAGUGGAGAGGGAGGAGGCUCGCUACCUUCGCUGAGUAGCUUCCUGGCCGACUCAAAGGCUGCAGCGCUGAAGCAUCUGCAAGGCGAGGAUGAAGAUGGAAGGCCCUUAGUGAUGAUCAUGGGCAAUGGAGCCGGAGACCUCGAUUCGCUCUCCUCGGCUAUCUCCCUCGCCUACCUCCUUACAAACUAUCCGCAUAGUUCUCUCCCCUUCGCCUCGCCCUUGCCGUCAAGCGAGGCUCGCUUUGUGCCUCUGAUCCAGACAGCUCGGACAGACACUCGUCUUCGGCCAGAGAAUGUCGCAAUCGCAGCAGCCGCCGGGAUCCGAGACGAGGACGUCCUCUACCUAUCAGAUCUCACUGAUCCUGCUUCGAAAAGCGGGCUGGGUCUAGACCCGAAGGAGGCGGACGCCUUCUCGUCUUCGAAGAACACGUACUUGGGUCUUGUCGAUCACCCACAGCUCGAGCUGCCCUGGCAUGGCUCUUCGCCCCGGAAUGUAUGCAUACUAGUCGACCAUCAUGCGGACGCGGGCAAGCAUAGGGACGCCAGCCUAAGAGUCUUUCGGGAGCCGGAGGGAGCAGCUGAUGGGAGGGGAAACCCUACUGGAAGCGCUCAGAGCGUUAUCAUUGAGCUGUUCAAAAAGGAGAUCAAGGCGAAGGGGAUGCUGAGGGAGCUCUCUGAUCUGGCUAUGGCUUCGAUACUGAUUGAUACGGACAAUCUACGACGUAUGCCGAGCGGUCGCGCUAGCCAGACCGAUAUGAAUACAAUGGAGCUGCUGUUGCCCUUCUCCUCCUUUGCCGCAACUUCAUCUGUGACUGGUCUGAGACAGGCCCUCCUCCAGCACGCUCCCGAGGAAGUAGCUUCUUCAGCCUCUGACUUCUCAUCCCUCUCAGUUAGUGGCUCGCAAGACACGGCUAGCAAGACCAAGGGUAUCUGGGAGAUCUUGGCCGCAAGCAAGAAUGCCGUCUCUCAUCUGACGACUCUCGAGCUGCUCAAGAGGGACUACAAAACUUCAUCUCUUUCCUCUUCGGACAUUCCCGAAUCAAUCGCCUCUCUCUUCCCUUCGCAGGAGCUGAAAGCCGGCUUCUCCUCUGUCAACCUCGGCCUUCCUGCUUGGCUACACCGAGGCGAAGAUAUGGGUAGGGAGAGUGAAAAGGAGAGCAGAAGAGCGUGGGACGAAUGGUGGAAAUCGCUGCAUCAGUGGAUGGAGAGUCAGAAGCUGAGCGUAGCCGUCGUGGGCACGAGCUUCUCUGACGAGGAGACUCAGAAGCACAGGCGAGAGUUGAUCCUCGCCUUUUCUCCUCCUCCCAACUUCCCAGACGCAGCCCGCUUCUUCAGCUCCGUAACGCACUACCUCGAAUCUCCCUCAACCUCUCCCCUCGACCUCUCCACUCCAUGGAAGGGAGCCCGUCUCCACUCUACGGGCAAGAAAGAACGAGUCUCUGGUCUGCGUUCGGGAUUGACAGUAGCUGUAGAGGGUGUACCGCAGGAGCGUAUUUGGGCACAGGUGUGGAGACAACAGGCGGUCAAGGCGAAUCGGAAAGUGUAUCUGCCGACGAUCAUGAGCGCUUUGCAGAAGGCGGCAAAGGCGGUAUAA